AUGAGCGAAAUGGAAGCAUCGCAGCGCCUUAGCGAGGUACAAGAACGUCUACUGGCAGUACUUCCGAUUCCAGCAUGUAUUCUGAGUAUUCUCGGCAGUUCCAUCAUUAUAUUAAUAGCUUUGGAUUCUAGGAAACGCAAGAAGUGGAGUCCAUAUACAAGACUUCUCAUAGGAUUGAGUGUCAGUGAUAUUGUUUCAAGCAUAAACAUCGCCCUGGCAUCAUUCCUUCGACCUACAGACAGCCCACGAGCAAGCGCAUUUACUAUUGGUAAUGCAACAACCUGCUACGUGUCAGGCUUCAUGACGACAGUGACUCGAUCGGCGAAGUUUUACUCGUGUAUGCUGAGCUUCUACUUUUUACUCACUGCGAGGUACCGACUGAAGAACUCUUUCAUUGCCCGAAGGAUUGAACCAGGGAUGCAUUGCAUCUCACUUGGCUACCCACUCGUCUCGGCGAUAGUAGGUGCUUACUAUAAUGUUUACGCUGAUACUGUGACCUAUAUGGGAUGUUUUGUAAGCUGCCCACCAGAGACAAAUGAGGAAGACUGUAUUGCAACAACUUUAGGGUGGAUCUUCUAUGGUUGGCCUUUCCUAUUUGUGUUGGCUUCUCUGAUCGUUAACAACGUACUGAUUUGGCUCUUAGUACAUGGGCAGUCAGUAGCACUUCAGGAAAAUGAUGCUUCCGGUAAGGUUGAAGCAGCUCAAGAUGAGUCCAAAGAUUUUCGCUGUGUGGACGAUGAUGAUGGUUCUUUCCAUGAACAAACCAAGAGGAGCGUAGACGAGACUUUCAUCUCCGACACAACACCAUCGUCGGAUAAUCUCAACAAGGUACAGCAGAAGAAGGCUUCGAAGGCUCCCACAGCCAGUCAUAUGAGAAGGCUACAACUUGUGAAGUCUCAGGCCUUUCUUUUUGUGGGUGCUUACGCAUUUGUCAACAUUUGGAGCGGGAUCAUGGCCAUUGCCGAACAAAACUCCCACGCAGAAGAUGACGUUUUAUCUUUUUUGGUGAAAAUGUAUCCCAUCAUGAUACUGAAUGCUCUUUUAGCCCCCAUGCAAGGUUUUUUCAACAUGCUUGUAUAUGUCCGUCCCAAAUACUUGACAACUCGUCAUCAGUUUCAAGACCAGUCUCGCUGGUGGGUGAUGAAGCGUGUUAUGCUUGGGGAGAAGAGAGUACGAGCAUUGGGGAAGCCGAGGAUACCAAAACCGUUGCCACAACAAGCAACAAAUGAAGUGCCCAAUGCCGAAUCACCGAAAGAUGGAGGAAAAACAGAUGAUAGUGCUGAGCCUGUGAUUGAUCAACCUCGAUCACUAGUACCAUUGACACGCAAUGCUGUAUCGAGUAUGACUGCUAGUGGGGGAGACUUUAUCGAUGGACAGUCGUACGAAGAAAGUCUGAAUGACAAAGAACAAGAUAGAUGGGGAAGCAAUCAUAACGAUACAUGGACACCAAUAAAGCAAGCGCCCCGAUACUACUCCAGCUUAGAAGAGAGGGAUUCGAGCCUUGGAAUGAUCAGUGAGCUGACCGAGAAGCAGUUCGAGCCAAUCAUUGACUUUUCGCAGGAAUCGGAACUUGAUCAAAGAGUUCAAGCAACACAUGGGGAUUCAAUCCCUGCUCCCCCAAGAUCUGCACCUACUCACAGUCCUUCUCCUGUCAAUAGCAGAUGGAAUCCCGAACUAGCAAGGAAACGUCAGUUGCUCGCAAGUCUCGAUUUGAUGAUGCCUCGAAGAUUAUCAAGCACUGCUGAAAUGCCUUGCACCGAAAACCCGCCGGAUGGUUCAUGGACUGAUGUACCACUUCAAACUCCCAUUCGAGCCGUAAGUCUUGUUGAAGUUCAUUCAGAAAUCGAAGAAGAAGAAGCAGAUGCAUCUGUACGAGAUCCACCUCUGCCGCCAUCUGUACGACAGGAAUCCCCUGGUGUUGGCGCAUCCUCGUCGUCCUCCUAUGGAACAGCAGAUAGAAUGUUGCUGCCUCCAGUGCGUCGAAUGAGUCCCACUGUAUUCGUGAGACCACCGCGCGGCAGUGUCGUAAAUAGCUAG